AUGCCCUCCGUCUCCAACCCUUCUACGCCGUUGGUCGCUCAAGAACGUUCCACCAGUCCGGUGAAAAGGCAAGAUGAAGUACUUGUGAGAAGAGAAAGUGAACCAGUACGAGAAGCAAGCCUCGGCAGAUGGACUGCUAGCCGAUGGGUCGUUCUGGUCUUCGACAUUCUGCUUUCUAUUCUUCCAUUGCUUUUUGUUGUGCUUGCUAUUAUUGCUUGCACUCUCGACCAGAAGCGGACGUCUUCGUUUGGAUCGAAGGUUCAGAAGGCUCUUUUGGUGUCGCCUACUAUAUUUCCGAUUGUUUUCGCGGCUUUGAUGGGGAAGUUCUUCAGAACAUAUGGCUUAUAUCGAGCUGAGCGCGGCGUUCUCUUAGGAACCUUAGAGCAGUUGAUCGGUUGCCAAUCUCUGUUCGCAGCCAUCGAGAGACAGGUAUCCCUGCAAAGGCUGGACCUCCUAGGAUUCGUCGUCAUAAUCCUUUGGUGUCUAUCCCCGAUUGGAGGCCAGUCAGCUCUCCGUCUCCUCAGUACAACGACUCACAUGACAAACUAUAACACGACUCUAAAAUAUCUACCUAUCGAAGCAAGUAAAUUCUCCUGGAUGGGAAGCGGAACAGGCAGUAGCUUCGAGCUAACUCCGUUCAAUGCCCUUUUUACAUCAUCCAUCCUAACAACAAAAGCAUCAAGGCCAUCAGAGGAUCUUGGAAUGGACAUUUGGGGCAACGUCAAGAUACCCAGCUAUACGCUCUUGGAUUCAUCUGAUACUGAUUCCAAACUCUGGCGAAGUGUGAACCAUUCCUCUCCGAUCACUUACUCAUCGCUACUUGGUGUCCCCGUGGCCGGGCUUCCCGAGAAGGGGAAAUACAACUUUACUACACUUUCUCAUCGAUGGACGGUAAGCUGCUCUAGCGGCGAAAACAGGCUAUAUGGCAAACCGUCCAUUACAGGGUUUAAAGCAAAUUUUACUCUGGCAUCCUUGGCAGCCUUGGGCGAUAAAGGGGUGAAGGGUUCCGAAUUGUCAAUAAACAACUGCUCAAUAAGCGCACAAGAAUAUGAGACAAUCAUUGAUUGCCAAGGUAAAACCUGUCGAGCUGACUCUAUGCGCCUGGUGGAAGUCGACCGCUGCUACAGAGAUUACUAUUUUACACCCUUCCUAGGAAACACCUUGUUGGAUAUUUCAAAGGCUUUUACGAGAGACCAGUCGGACUGGGUGUCGGGCAGUUCGAUAUUCGAGCAAUGGUUGGUCGAUCCAAACACCAAUUUUGAAUGGCAGGGACCGCAGGGCCAGAAAAUCACAUACGUAAACCUCACUGAGGUUCCAAGGGACGUUCUGUCACAGCGCCUAGAAGUCGCUAUCAACACAUUUUGGCAGUCGACGUAUGGCGUACAAUACGUUAUGGGCGACUUGGACCGCGACCUGGGAUUUUACGACAACGCCAGUACUGGUGGAACAACUGGGGACUCCCAAUGGCUCGUGUUCAACACGACCAGCGCACUAGUCACUCUGGAAGACGGCCAGAAGUAUGUUUGCCACUGGACGUGGGUUGUCCUCCUCAUCGCCGUCUCCUUUGUCCUGGUCAUUGCAGCUUCCAUCUCUCUCUACCUCAAAGCCAUCAUCCUCGCUCCUGAUAUCCUCGGCUACGCCUCGUCGCUCGCGCGCGACAACCCAUAUAUUGCCGCCAUGGAUGGAGGAUCCCAUUUGGAUGGCUUAGAGCGUACCCAUCUAUUGCGGAAUGUCAAGGUCAUGAUUGCAGACGUUCAUACGGAAGCCGACGUCGGACAUAUCGCGUUUACCGCGCAGGAGAAUGAACCGCAGCGGCUCCGGAAGAGCAGACAGUACGACUGA